AUGUACAAGGCCAAAUCGAGCGUAAACCCGAUUAGGUUUCGUUGCUUCGCGGAGUGGGCUGAAACCUAUGGCCCCAUCAUAUACGUCUGGUUUGGUUCAACUCUGAAUGUUAUAGUUUCCAACAUAGAAUUGGCCAAGGAAGUGUUAAAAGAGCACGACCAGCAGUUGGCAGAUAGGCAUAGGAGCCGGAUUGAGGCUUUGAGGCCACUUAGAGAAGACGAGGUCACGGCUAUGGUGGAGUCCAUCUAUAAACAUUGCAACUUGGGGAAGAGCCUGGUAGUGAUGAAAUAUAUAGGAGAUGUAGCAUUCAAUAACAUAACAAGACUUGCCUUUGGGAAGCGAUGUGUGAAUCCUGAAGACACAUUUGCCAAGCAUGUAAAUUGUAGGGACUGUCUCACACGAGCUAUAAUGGAAGAGCACAUGAUUUCUUGCCGAAAGAGUAAUGGAGAUGCCAAACAACACUUUUUGGUUGCAUUGUUUAUACUCCAAGAGAAAUAUGACCUUAGUGAUGACACCAUCUCCGGUCUGCUUUGGGUAGCACCAGAUCCUGAAGUGUGGAAGAACCCUUCAGAAUUCCAACCUAAGAGGUUUAUCAAGGAAGAUGAUAAGAAAGGACACAAUUUUUGA